AUGGCAGCAUCGUUCCCGAACACCCAACCAACCCAAGGGACGACAACGAUGGAGACGCCGAGAUCGGAGGAGCCAUUCAACUUGAGCCAAGAGGUGGGCAAGGGCUUCCUUACCGGCAGCGUGCUCGGCCCCGCAAUAAUCCUCGCCAGGGGAGGCGGCAUCCAGGCCCUCAUCACGCACACGCCCUAUGCAAGUGCGUAUUGUGCCGUCUGGGGGGCCACCUACUCAGCCAUUGUACACGCCCGUCGAAAAGAGGACACGAUGGUGAUGACCAAUGCCCUCGCGUUCGCCGGCGCCUGCGGAAUUACUUCCUUACCCAAGGGGAUACCUGCCGCCGCCCGCUCUGCUCUCACCGCCGGCGCCGUUGGUGUGGCUCUGUUCGGCGGAAUCAAGCUGUUGCAAGGAGAUGCGCGGCCUGGAAAUCUCUCGUCGCUACAGACGGAUCGAUGA